AUGACAUGUCUCUACUACCAGUUUCUUGCUGAAGGGACGAAUGAGAUGAGUAAAUAUGUAGACGUUUAUAAAGUGACUCAUGGGAAAUGGGGAGCAUGGGCAGCGCGUAAAUUCAACGAGAGGAAGAGACUAGUUGUGCCAGCGGCCGAGCUGGAACAGUUGGAUCUUGAAACAGAGACCCCAAUAUGGUCUUACUUAUACCUCUUAGACAAUCCGUUCACCAGCUGCUUACAAGGCAGUCAUCUUUUUUUUGGGGCGAGCUUGGCCCGUCAAAGGAAAUUUGUUGGUUUUCAUAUGGCAAACAUAUUUGAAGAAGACUGGAAUUGGAGAAUUACCGUGCUUAAUAGAUAUGCAAUGCGCCAACACUGCUGGCUAUUGGUUGACCGUUUCCUGGGACAUGAAGUUGUUAAGCAGGACCUCCGAGGAAUUUCCGACUGUACACAUAUGUCCUUAAGCCCAUUCAUGAUGCCUGACAUCCGAAGACUCAUUUCAGAGGCUACCCAAGUACAUAAAAAAAACCGCCGACACGAUGUGCCAUUGAAAUCUAUUGUUUCUCAUAUACCUCUCGAAAUCAAAAUUAUCAUCAAAUGCUCGUUUCAUACUGACAGAAGCUCUGCAACCCAACACUUAUAUGUGCAAGAAAUAAUCGAAGCCAAAACACCAAUUGAUUGGGCCUAUUUCUGUCACGGAUUGCAUGAGCUAUUGUUGCAAGAAGACUGGUACUGCGAUAGUGGACUAUAUGUUCGAGGCCGGAUUCUGCAUCUUAAUGAAUGUAUAAAAGAGAGCCUUUGGGAAAGCGUCUAA